AUGUUUUGUAAAUAGUAGUUGUUUACGUUCAUAUUUUGUCCAGUUGUACGUCCGUGACUCAUUGAGGUGAGUGUAACGUUUUAUUUGUGUACACAUUAUAGUAUCAUCAAUUUUAUUCAUUGAUCGUAGGAAUUCAGUGUUAAAGUGAUCUUCUUUAUACCCAUAGUAUAAUUAAAAUGACUGUUAUGGCAAAUGAGUUUUUUGAUGGUAAUGACACUCCAUCAAAAAAGAAACAGAGUCACAAAGGUAAGGCAGCUCUAGCACACAUCCUUCUUUUAGAUGGAUCUUAUAUGGAUAUUGAAGUAAAUAGAAAAGUAAAAGGCGAAGAACUUAUAGAAAUAGUAUGUGAUCAACUUAAUCUUCUAGAGAAAGAUUAUUUUGGAUUAUCAUAUGAAAAUAGACGAGAUCCCCAUAAUUGGCUUGAAAUGGAUAAACGAGUUGGGAAAUUUUUAAAAAGUGAACCAUGGUUGUUAAAUUUUGAAAUGAAAUUUUAUCCACCUGACCCUAAUCAACUACAAGAGGAUAUUACUCGAUAUCAAUUAUGUUUGCAAAUAAGAAAUGAUAUUUUAAAUGGAAAGUUGCCAUGUUCUUUUGUUACUCAUGCACUCUUAGGCUCAUAUUUAGUGCAAUCGGAAUUGGGAGAUUACGAUAUUGAAGAACAUAAAAAUAAUACAGAUUAUUUAAAAGAAUUUAAAUUUGCUCCAAAUCAAACACCUGAAUUGGAAGAAAAAGUUAUGGAACUUCAUAGAACACAUAAAGGUCAAACACCAGCUGAAGCUGAGCUAAAUUAUUUAAAUAAUGCUAAAAAGUUGGCCAUGUAUGGAGUAGAUUUACAUCCAGCAAAAGACUCUGAAUGUGUAGACAUAAUGUUAGGAGUUUGUUCAUCUGGACUACUUGUUCACAAAGAUAGGUUACGCAUCAAUAGAUUUGCGUGGCCAAAAAUUUUAAAGAUAUCAUACAAGAGAAAUCAUUUUUACAUUAAAAUUCGACCUGGUGAAUUUGAGCAACAGGAAGCUACUGUUGGCUUUAAGCUACCAAAUCAUCGCCUUGCUAAAAAAUUAUGGAAAACAUGUGUUGAACAUCACACAUUCUUUAGACUGAUGUCUCCUGAACCUACUCAAAAACUUGGGGUUUUCCCACGUUUAGGAUCGAGGUUUCGUUAUUCUGGCCGUACUCAUUAUGAAACUAAGAAAACUCCUAUUGACAGACCAGCUCCUAAGUUUCAACGCAGUUUAAGUGGAAGAGCAUUAACAUCCAGAAGUAUGGAUACUUUAGGAGGAACUAGACAUAUGGGAGAAGAUUUUGGAAUGGAACCUGAAGUUAAACGUCAUACAAUGUCCCAUGCUCCUAUUCGUGCAUCUGAAAGAAAUAAUUCUGGUCAAAACAAAAGGGAUAAAUCUAAAAAUAAAGAAAUGACUAGUGCAAGUUCUCGUGACAGUUCUGUAACUGAAGAAGGCAAUUACGAAGUAGAACGAAGUAACUCAGAAUCUCAUAAAUCAAAAAAGCCAAUUGGUGGAAUUGCUGUGUUGCCUUUAGGAUCAUUUAAUUUUAUGAAAAAAAAAAAAGAAAAAACAAAACCUACUAAUUCAAAUGGUAUUAAUAAUCCAGAAGAGGAAGAAAAAGAAAACCAGGAAACAAAAUCUUAUAAAACCAUAAGUAUCACAUCUAAAGAACGUGAAGCAUUAUCGCCCAAUGACACCAACACAAGUUCAGAUAUUUCUGGGAUUAAAUCACUUGAAACAUCAAAAACUGAAUCAGUUUCUGAGAUGGGAAAAUCUAAAUUAAAGAGUCCUGGAGGAAUUUUUAGCAGUUUUAGUUUGAAAUCAAAAAAGUCUAAAGAUAAAUUAAAAGCCAGUGCUAACUUAGAUAUCAGUAGUGAACCUGAAUCACCAAAAGGAUUGGAUAAAUUUAAACUUAAAACAAAAAAUGACUUAAAAAAAAAUAUAAAAGACUCAAAAUCAAGUCUUAAAUCUAUAAACAGUACUACAUCAUCCAAUGCAACAUUUGCUGAUCGAUCAAUGGGUGAAACUACUGUAAAUGUUCCUGCUAUUUCCACUUCUCCUAGUUUUACUAAAGCUUAUGAUUACACAGAAGAUGAACAAGCAAUUUCUAAAAAACGAAAACCAAUUGGUGGGUUUACCUAUGAAAAUAAUACUCAAAAUUCAAAAGAAAGUAUUACUGUUAUACCCGCAUCCCCUAGCAAAAAAGCUCAAGGCUUAGCUUUCAAUUAUGCACCAGGAGAAGGAAAAAAAGUUGCAGAAACUGCUGCUGAAAAACGUAGAACCUUUAUGGAAAAAACAGUUAGUAAUGAAGGUAUUAAAACACCAGGGAUUAAUUAUGUACAAUCUGCUGUUAGAGUUGAAGAAACAGCUAGUAAAGAUAUUAAAAAUGAUGGUACAAAAAUGGAGUUAAAGAAUAAAACUUUAUUAACAAAUGAAGCGAUAAAAGUUAAUGAAGCUAAUAAAGACUUUAAGACUGAUUUAAAUAUAAAAAAUUCAAGUAUUCCUAUUAAUAAUAAACUAGUUGGUGAACCUGAAUUUACCAAAACAGUUUUAGAAAAAAAAAUUACAUCAGGAAAUACUGAAACUAAAAUUGAAGUUCAAAAAAAAUUUAACGAUUCAAAAUCAGGAUUUAUUUCAAAAAAGUCAAAAGAUAGUAAAGGUGUAUUAGAAAAAGCAAUGGAUAAAAUUAAUUCACUUAGUAAAAGUAAACACGAGCCUGAUAUCAAAAAAGACACUGCCAACUUCAUUGAAAAUGAAAAGAAGAAUACUGAUAACGAUGUAAAACCUAUAGGAAUUGGUAAUGCACCUCUUAUUGUUAAAACAACUACUAAACAAACUAUGAUUAAAGAUAAAGAAGGUGUUACUCAAAAUAUUGAAGAGAAAGUAGAAGAUUUAAACUCUGGUGAAGUCACUGUAUCGACACAACUGAAUAAAGCUGAAGGUAUAGAUGUUACUACUGGUAGGCCUCCUUAUGUAAAAGCAACUGCAGUUACUACACGUACAGCCACAACUCAUCAAAAUUUAGAAAAAAAUUCAAAGACAAGUCAGGUUGAAGAGAAAACUGUUGCUCAUACAACUACCACCAGUGGUACUAGACAAGAACAAAGAACAGUUACUCAAGAAGUUAUAUCAACAUCAACAAUUCUUGCACCAGAAACAAAAAAAGAGUUGAGUAGAAGUUCUAGUAGUUCAAGUCUUAGCUCAAAUGAUUCAGGUACCCCAAUUGACAUUGAAGGACCCAUUGAAGAUUUAAAAGGUCUAGGUUUUUAUAACAAUAGUUUUCAGGAUGAAUAUAAAGCUGAAAAUGUGACGGCUAAUACAACAAGUUCAGCUGAAGAACGACAUAAUGUUAAUAUUACAUCUGAUGACAAAUCCUAUACACUUACUGGUGAAAUUGUAUCAACACAAGCUAUCUCAAGUAAAACUAGAACUGUUGAAACUGUGACUUACAAAACGGAAAAAGAUGGUGUGGUUGAAACUAGAGUUGAACAAAAAAUAACAAUUCAAAGUGAUGGUGAUCCGAUUGAUCAUGAUAAAGCAUUAGCUGAUGCUAUUCAAGAAGCAACUGCUAUGAAUCCAGAUAUGACAGUGGAGAAAAUUGAAAUACAACAGCAACAACAAUCAUAAGAUAAUACAUAAUCAAAUAAGAUUAUCCCACCAAGUACCAUUUCAAUUUUAUUUUAUUUUUAAAUAAAUCAGCAUUCCAUUUUAAAUUUUUUUACUUAUAAUUUAUCUAGUGUUGCACUGCUUUUAUUUUUGUUUUUAUAAAAAAAAAUUAUUUUAUGUGCAAUUAAUUUAUUAUUAUUAUUAUUAUAAUAAUUUAAUUGUUAUUAAUUUAUUUAGUAAUUUUAGCAUUAAAAUUGAUUCCAUCCAACUUUUU